ACCGACGUCAACGUAAUAUAUAGGGACCCCUCUCUCUGCAAAGUGCCAGCUUCGCCACUGUUAUCUUUGUUCAGGUCCGUUCCCUAAAAUCAAUGGCAAGCAAGAUGGCCUCCUGUAUCUUCUGCAAGAUCAUCAAGGGCGAGAUCCCGUGCUUCAAGCUCGUUGAGACCGAGAAGUCACUCGCGUUCCUCGACAUCAACCCGCUCAGUCGGGGGCAUGCCCUUGUCAUCCCCAAAUUCCACGGCGAGAAGCUGACCGACAUCCCCGAUGACCACCUGACCGAUAUCCUGCCCAUCGCGAAGAAGCUCGUCAAGGCGACGGGCGCGGAGGAGUACAACAUCCUGCAGAACAAUGGACCGGGGGCGCAUCAGGUGGUUGGGCAUGUGCACUUCCACAUGAUUCCCAAGCCCAACCCGCAGGAAGGCCUUGGUAUCGGCUGGCCUCAGCAAAAGACGGAUAUGGACCAGCUCAAGGCGCUGUUUGAGGAGAUUAAGUCGAAGGUGUAAAUAUUGUGUGCUUCUGCUAAUCGGUCGUGAGCCGGAUGAGUGGCCAUGCCUCCCGGGGUGCCUAGGUAAUCUAGGCAACUGGUCAUCGAACAGCAUCCUGUUUGCGGCUCGAGCCGUCAGAGUAGCAAUGCAACAAGCUUUGGUCGCUCGCC